AUGUGUAUUGCUCAACCUCAGUUGGAGUAUUUGGGAAACCUAAUUUCUGCUAAUGGAGUGGCUACUGACCCUGAAAAAAUUUCAGCUACGCAAAUUUGGCCACUACCCACCAACUUGAAACAGUUAAGGGGAUUUUUGGGCCUCACAAGGUAUUAUAGAAGAUUCAUAAAUAACUAUGGAACCAUUUCUAAACCUCUCACUGAUAUGCUGAAGAAAGAUGCUUUCCAUUGGACUCCUUCAGCACAUCAAGCUUUCACUGAUCUCAAAACUACAAUGACACAGGAUCUAGUGUUGGCAUUACCUGAUUUCUCAAAACAUUUCAUCUUGGAAAUUGAUGCCUAUGACAGAGGAGUAGGAGCAGUUCUCAUGCAAGAUGGCAGGCCACUCUCAUUUUACAGUACAACUUUAGGCCCUAAAGCAUUGGCACUAUCUACUUAUGAAAAAUAA